CCCGGAUGUCUUUACGCCGGAAGAGAAGCGCGAGUCUUUUCCAGCCAUCUUGUGGCAUCUAGCAGCGAAGUGUUCGCUCAGGCCCUGUAGAAUCGGAGGAGAAUCCUGCUGAAAGGGGGCCAUCAUGCCCGGACAUCUGCAAGAAGGUUUCGGCUGUGUAGUAACCAAUCGGUUCGACCAGCUAUUUGAUGAUGAAGAGGAUCCGUUUGAGGUUUUGAAGCAGGCAGAAAAGAAGAAGGACGCGACCGCUCCUGGUGCCACCAAGACCGCCGCGCAGGCUACAAAGCAGACCAAAAAGGAGUCACAGAAAGAAAGAAGAAACCCAGUUUCUGAGAAGAAGGAAGAGACACAAGCUCCCGUUCCUCGUAAGAAAGAUGGCAUGAAGAAAAUGGGCCGCCGGCCAGAGCAGCAGGGUCAGACAGGAUCCCAGCAGCAGGGAAGUCAGGGGGAGGGUCGUCCACCAGCCGACAGGCGGCCUGACAGGAGGCCACCACGUGAACGACGCUUUGACAAACCCGCUGAUGAAAAACCUGCUGAGGGUGGAGAAUUCUCGGUGGAGAAGUCUGUCAGUGACAGGCCAUUCCGGGGUCGUGGAGGUGCUAGAGGAGGGCGCGGAGGCCGGGGCAGAGGUGUUAGCAGGACUGACGGCUUUGACUCACGCGGCAAACGCGAGUUUGACAGACACAGUGGCAGCGACCGAUCCAGCCAGAGAGCAGAGGAAAAACGUGGAGGGAGUGGAUCUCAUAACUGGGGCACUGUUAAGGAUGAGUUGAGCGAGCUUGACCAGUCAAAUGUCACCGAGGACACCCCUGAAGGAGAGGAGCACCCACCUAAUGACUCGGAGAACAAGGAGAAUGAGGUUGAGGACCUUAAAGAAGAAGGUCCUAAGGAGAUGACUCUGGAUGAAUGGAAAGCCCAGCAGAAUAAAGAGAGAGCCAAAGUGGAAUUCAACAUUCGUAAGGCCAACGAGGGAGCCGAUUGGAACAAAGGAUACGUUCUGCACAAGUCUAAGGCUGAGGAUUCCUCUGUUGAUGAUGCCUCUGGGGAUCACCACUUCCGCAAACUAGCGAAUGACAUUACAACCCAACUGGAGAUUAAUUUUGGUGACUUGGGCCGCCCAGGACGUGGUCGUGGAGGACCACGAGGUGGCAGGGGAGGCCGUGGGGCCCCUGCUACCAGGCCACCUCGCGAACGCAGGCCAGACAGGGCCGGUGGAGUGUCUGUCCCUAAUGUGGACGACCCAGAGGCUUUCCCAGCCCUGGCUUAAGCUGCCCAGACAGCACUCUGCUCACCCAGGAGGAUCACUCCUCCACGGGUCCCUGUCUAUGAGGCUUGCAUGCAAACGGAUCCUUCAGCAGAUGUAAUGAUGGAAGACUGUCAUUCAUGCCAUUCACCCCUGAGGACUGAUUUGACUUGUUUUAGGAAAAAAAGAUGGAAAAUUAAAAAAAACAAAAAAAAAAAAACAAAGGACGGACUUCUUGCUAUUCUGAAGCAAAUUAUUGGUUGAGGUUUUGUAUUUAGAAAUAAGGUAGCAGGGAUGUUUUCAUACAGCAUUUCUUUUGUUUUUGUUUUUUUCUCUCUCUUGAGAAAUUAUGCAUUGUUCAUGGAUACUUUUUGUACUGUUGCUUGAAAAUAUGUGUUUCCAAAAAUAGGUGUGAAGAGCACACCAGUCUAUCUUAAGGUGUCCCGUAGCUAGCUUGCUUUUUACACACAAAUGCCUCAAAACAAGGCAGUCAUUUCAGGAAUAAGAUCUACAAGUUAAGUCUUUUAAUUUGUAGAGGUUACUGCAUCUCUAGGGGAAAUUACAGAGCAUUUUGGUACUGCUCUUUAUGGUAUUAAACAUCUCGAUUCCCUGAAAGCAAGCCUUGAAACAAUCUGAAAUCAUUUCGAUUAAAUGUACAAUUUAUGAUUCAUAACUUAUCCAAGAUAUAGUUCCGAUGAUUCCGUUGCAUUCGCCACAAAAAGUGUCUUUUAUCAAAUGACCACUGUAAAGUUCAAAAUGGUAUCUUUAUACCAUUGACUCUGGUAACUCAGGAUAGUAUCAUACUUGUUACGCAAAGUUCCAGUGUAAAUACAAGCAGCAAGUUUACACACCGCACUCCUGUUUACUGAUAAAUGUGAGCCAGGUUAUGGAUAAAUCCUCUUAUAUCCUGUUAGAAGUGACUUUCUUUCUUCCCCAUUGCUUUUACAACAGCUUUACUGCAUAACUGAUCUGAAAGAAACACCAUCCUGUUCAGUGUGGAACAGCUGAGUGCUAUGAUAAUGUGUGAGUUCGUACCCUGCUAUUAGACCUCUGUCAAUAAUUAAAAGAUGGUUGAUUCAUA